AUGAUUGAGGAAAAGCAAAGAGAUGACACAGAGAAUUCCAACAGUGAAGAAGAAUAUUAUGAUGACGAGUAUCGAAUAUCUGUGGAUAUGAUAGUCACCUUGAAAGGAAACAUGAGUGACAUCGAAUCGUUGGAUUUGUCAGCAAACAAAUUGGAUGGAGAAAUUCCAAGUGAAUUGACAAGGUUGACAUUUCUUGCGAAAUUAAACCUUUCAAUAAACUAUCUUGUUGGAGAAAUACCGCGAUAUAAUCAGUUCUCCACAUUUGAGAAUGAUUCAUAUAUGGGAAACUUGGGAUUGUGUGGACUUCCGUUGACAAGAAAAUGCAAAGAGGAUGAUGGGAAAUUGAUACAGCCUGCUGCUGAAGAAGAAUAUUAUGAAAAUGGAUUUAUAGAUGGAUUUGGUUGGCGAUGUGUUGUGAUGGGAUAUGGAAGUGGAUUCGCAGUUGGGAUUGGAAUUGGUUACAUGAUUAUUAGAAGUGGAAGGCCAAGAUG